AUGAGCUCUGAAGACAAAGACAAAACAGCUUUCAUUUGCCCUUUGGGAUUCUACCAGUUUGAGAGGAUGCCCCAAGGUAUCUUGGGAGCUUCUGCUACAUUCCAGCAUUUGAUGGAAAAGACAGUGGGGGAUAUGAAUUUGUUAGAAGUGCUGGUGUAUUUGUAUGACUUAAUUGUUUUUGGGAAAACUCUGGAAGAGCAUGAAGCUCGACUAAUGAAAGUGUUUCUUAAACACAACAAGAUCAACUCUCUUCCAGAUGAGGUUUUCAGCAGAUACACAGAAGUGAAGAAAAUAUUUCUGCAACAUAAUUGCAUUCAAACUAUUUCCAGUUGUAGAUCAGCCCUCAGUCAUAACUGUAUCACCAGUCUGAGACCUGGGAUAUUCAGAGACUUACACAAACUGAAAUGGUUGAGAGUAAUUCUAGGUGGUAACCUAAUAGCGAAAAUUUCACAGCAGCUAUUUACUGGGCUAAAGUCUUUGUUUUUUAUGUCUAUGAUAAACAACUCACUUGAGGCCCUUCCCAGGAAAAUGUGUACUGAAAUGCCUUUUAUUAACUGGAUGGAUUUUGAAGGCAAUCAUAUCAAGUCUUUAACUAAUACCACCUUCCUGGAAUGUGAUGCUCUCACUGUACUUAACAAGAUUUUGGGGCCAGUUUCCCAGGUUAUGCAAAGUAGAGUUUGGAGGGGAUUCACAUGCACCUGGAGAGCUUUCUGGAGAUCAAGAAAAAAGAUAAAUAACGAAAUUUACUUCUUUUCCAGAGACCUGGAAACUAUAGAGAUUUCAAAUAUAAAUUCAAGAAUUUUUCAGCCCCUGAGGAACCUUUCCUACAUCUAUUUCAGAAAGUUUCGGUAUUGUUCCUAUGCACUCCACGUGCGAAUGUGCACACCAUUAACAUAUGGGAUUUCAUCAUUUGAGAACCUCUUGGCUAAUAAUGUUCUGCGAGUAUUUGUCUGGGCCAUAGCUUGUGUUACCUGUUUUGGAAAUCUUUUUGUCACCAGAAUGAGAUCAUUUAUCAGAGCUGAAAACAAGACGCACACCAUGUCUAUCAAAAUGUUGUGUUGUUUUGAUUUUCUGAUGGGUGUGUAGUUGUUCAUUGGAGCCUUUGACAUUAAAUACCGUGGACAAAAUAAAAAAUAUGCUGUGCUGUGGAUGGAGAGUUUACCAUGUCAUAUCAUGGGUUUCCUGGCCAUGUUUUCUACAGAGGUCUCUGUCUUGUUGUUGACAUAUCUGACUUUGGAAAAAUAUUUAGUAAUUGUCUUUCCCUUCAGUAAUAUCCGACCAGGAAAGCAUCAGACAAUAAUAAUCCUUGUAUCUAUAUGGUUUAUUGGAUUUGUAAUAGAUAUCACAUUUUGGGAUGAAGAAAUUGGAGGCAAGGGGUAUUCUCUUGGGAUUUUUCUUGGUAAGUUUAAUAUUUUCAUAUUCUUACUGUUAGUGUUUGCAUAUGUCAGAAUGUUUUACUCCAUUCAAAAAACUGCCCUUCAGACAUCAGAAGUAAGAAGCAACAUUCACGUGGAUGUUGCUGUAGCCAAUAGGUUUGUUUGUUUGUUUAUAGUAUUCACUGACUCCAUCUGCUGGAUUUCUGUCUUUGUUAUAAAAAUCCUCUCCCUAUUCCAGGUAAAUCCAGCCAUCUGCACUGUCACUUUCUGGAUAGUGAUAUUUAUUCUGCCAAUAAAUGGUGCCUUGAACCCAGUUCUCUACACUCCCACCACCACUUUCUUUAAGGAGAAGUUAAAGCAGUUACUGCAGAAACAUCAAAGGAGGUUGGUUUUCAAAAAUGACAGAAAAAACUUGGCUACUUCAAUAGUAUGACCAGAUGAUUCGCUAAGUCAUGCCUCCUCUCUUAGACUUGGAUUUUUAAACAAAUAA